AGGUUUCCUUUGCCUGAUCUGUAAACAUGUCCACAGACCUGCUAUGGUGUGAGGACUGCGGUAAAAGCCUGAUAGGAGAAUGCAAGCUCCAUGGACCACUCAUCAGGGCUAAAGAUAGGGUUAUUCCUAGCCGAGCCCGUCUUACCCUACCUCAUUACCUCACUUUGCGAGUGUUGGAGCUACGAGCUGGAAACCAGCAGAUCCUUGGAGUAUUUGCAAAGAGAGUAAUACAGAAGAGAACACAGUUUGGUCCUUAUGUUGGUCAACUGUCUACAAAACUGACCCGCUAUGAUGAGAGCAGGCUAGUCCUGCAGGUAUUGAAAGAUGGAGGAAAGUACUUUCUGGACACUCCCGAUGAGGACUGUGGAAACUGGAUGAUGUUUGUCCGGUUAGCCCGGAACCAAGAAGAACAGACUCUUGUGGCUUAUCAGCACUGCGGAGAAGUCUACUUCACGACUGUUAAGCCAAUUGAACCCCACACAGAAUUAAAAGUAUGGUAUGCUGCCGAUUAUGCCAAAUUUAUGGAAGCUUCUGCAGUCUUUAUUAAAGAAGAAUCUGAUGUGUGCCCUUUGCCUGCAGUAACAACAAAAGAGCCCGUAGACUCUUGGAUAUGCUCCAGCUGUAGAAACGCUUUUGCAACUUUUGCCCUGCUGGAAUCUCACCAGUGCAUCAAUAAAGACCGAGUCCUUACCACCAGGUUCAGACCACCAAAUAAAUUGGGACCUGUAAAAGCAAAAAGCAAACUCAAAGGGAAACUGAGAGGAGCAGCGUUAGGCAAAAGCAUUGCACAGUGCUAUGGGACCUUUUCCUGCUCCUCUGCUGCGAAGCUUAGCUGUGCCAGCUCAGGAAGCACUUGUGAUGCUCUUGUGAGGUUUAUACCUAAAUGGAGAAAUGGCCGGUCUUCACUGUUGAAGGGAAGAGAAGUGAAGCAGCCAGACAAUUUCCCUUGCCGACUCUGUGGGAAGAUAUUUGAUUCCAUUGAAAAGCUCACAGUCCACACGUACGCRCACAAAGGGGAGCGCCCCUACAAGUGUUCGCAGCACGGAUGCACAAAGGCCUUCAUUUCCAAAUAUAAACUGCUCAGACACUCAGCCACUCAUUCUCCCCAGAAAUCUCACCAAUGUGGCUAUUGUGAAAAGACCUUUCACAGGAAAGACCAUCUGAAGAAUCACCUUCAAACUCAUGACCCUAACAAGAUGGCCUUCAAGUGUGAAGAGUGUGGCAAGAAGUACAACACCAAGCUAGGCUAUAAGAGACACUUGGCUCUUCAUGCAGCCACUAGUGGGGACCUUACCUGUAGGGUUUGUGCCCAAGAGUUUGGGGGUACCGAAGUUUUGCUGGAGCACCUCAAAAGUCAUGCAGGCAAGCCAACCGGCAAUCUCAAGGAAAAGAAACACAAGUGUGACCACUGUGAACGUCACUUCUAUACCCGCAAGGAUGUGCGGCGACACAUGGUAGUUCACACGGGCUGCAAGGACUUCCUGUGCCAGUUUUGCGCCCAGCGGUUUGGGCGGAAGGACCACUUGACUCGCCAUACUAGGAAGACUCAUCCACAGGAGCUGCUGAAGAGCAGGUUGCAGAAUGGUGACUCACUGGGUCUCCUCGACCAGCUUCUUCCGUUCAGACUGAAGGAAGAUGCCAGCCUCCUGUCCUCUUUUCCUGACAGGGUGCCUAUGCAGAAUGGAGUUCUGAACAGCUCAGAGCCAGAGGACUACAGCUGCUCCCAUCUUCACUCACAGCCAACCCUACAACCUGCUCUUCCCCUUGAACCUUCUCCUCAUUUACAGAGGAUGGGCUGUAUAGACAACCUUCCAGCUGUCCAUCCCACACCAUGCCCGACAACCAUUCCUGCCAACCUGAACCUUCAUCAGCCUAAUAAAUAUGACCUUACUUCUACCUCAUUUGCAGCAGGAUCCCUCAAGAACCUCCCGAUCAAAGUGGAUGUUAAAGGUUACAAUGUGCAUCUUCUUGAGGACCUGCCGUUAUCAGAACCUCAGUCGCUUCACAAAAUCAAUCUGGAAGAAGCAUCCUCAGGGCCUGCAAGUGAUACUAUUAAGUACCCAGUACACAAGGAGACAGAGACUGUAGCUGAAACUACCAGCAUGCCUUUCAUGGAUCUCACUCAUAUAAUGAGUUUCUGGCAGCUCCCACCGUGCGACAACCAGAGCACUACUGGGGACAUCGCAAUGGCAUUUGGUCAAGAAGAACCAACGCACAGGCUGAAUGGCCUUGGCCAGCAGCAAUGUCCACAGCCAGCUACUGGUGGCAUGGCCUUAAACCAGCUGCAUCAUGUUCCUCGCUCCUUUCCAUCCACUACAAAUUCUGUAACUUUGCCUCAUUUUCACCAUGCCUUCAAAUAACUAUUGGCUUUUUUUAGGGGGGAGGGGGUAGGUUGUUUGUUUGUUUGGGUUUUUUAGAUUAUGCUUCUUACUUAAAUGUGUUAGGAAGAUUUUCUAGGGGGUUGUUUUUGUGAGUGUGUGGGUUUUUGUUUUUUUUUUUUAAUGAAAAAAGCUAUCUCAGAUGUUUUCAAAGUGCAUUACAAUGAGGAUAGAUCAAUUCAGAGUAAUAAACAAGAAACUCUAUUCUCAUGCUACUAUUAGCUUUUAGCAUAUGGCAAUAGUAAGAUUAACAUAUUUCCCUCAAUGCUCUCCAUGUUUUUGUUUCUUAAUACAUGUCUUCAGUAGAAAUUCAAAGCAUUCAUAACAGGCAAGGUAAAAUUAUGGCUGCUGUGGUAGGCAAGAAAGGGUUGAGGUGAAUAAGAAGUGCGGCUGGGGGGAGAAAUCACAGGAGAACAUAGCUUUAAUGAGCCAUAAAUCACUGUAAAUGUAUACAAGUAACAAAUUGUUAAUAUGAAUGAUUUAUGAACAUCACAUAGCUUUCAAUGUAAAGCACGUAAUUACUCAACUUUAUGAUUUUUUAAUUUAAAUCAAAAUCAUUCCAAGAGGAAAUUUUAUCUCCUUAUUUCUCACUUAUAAAAURAGGAAAAUCACGUUUGUGAUUAUGUUUAACUAGAUUUCAUUUUCUGAAAUGCACUACAGCUGUGUGCAUCUCCUGCAUUAUUCCGAGGGCUGGAGAAAAACUACCCUUGCUACCUGAUUAUAGAAGAAGAGAUCUCUAGUAUUCAUGGUGUUUUCAGAAGGGGAAGUGAAUAGUCUCAAAGGCUACAACAAAACAUCAUUUCCAUUCAGAACUCGCUUUGGUGAGGUAUUAGACCCUGGUCUUACUCUAGCAGAGCACUUAAGCAGUUACUUAAAUUUAGACCUGUGUUGGCUCAACGUCUUGCUUGAUUUAACACCCAAUAAAAAUAGUACUUCCUAACCAAGGGGCCUUUAGUCACC